GGGAAAAAAUGGUGGCCGCCCUCAUAGCAUCUGGUGCAUUAGCUGGAGCAGUUACGGAUCCAAAUUCACAGGACCCAACUGGUAGAACCCCUGCAUCUGUUGCUGCUACCAAUGGACACAGGGGACUCGCAGGUUAUCUUUCAGAAAUGUCACUAACUGGUCAUCUUUUAUCCCUCACAAUGGAAGAAAGUCAGCUAUCUAAAGGUUCUGCUGCUGUGGAAGCAGAAAGAACGGUAAAUAGUAUAUCAAAUACAAGUUCCUAUACGGAUGAGGAUCGGGAUUCUCUUAAGGAUACCUUAGCUGCAGUUCGGAGUGCAGCUCAGGCUGCUGCACGUAUACAAUCUGCAUUUCGGGCACAUUCAUUCCAGAAGAGGCAACAAAGAGAAGCUACAGUUGCUAUUGAUGGUGAUGAGUACACUAUAUUGUCGAAUGAUAUUCCGGGGAUUUCAGCUGCAUCAAAAUUGGCAUUCCGCAAUACACGUGAUUACAACUCGGCUGCUUUAUCUAUUCAGAAAAAAUAUCGAGGCUGGAAAGGUCGGAAGGACUUCCUUUCUUUCCGCCAGAAAGUAGUAAAAAUACAGGCUCAUGUGAGAGGCUAUCAGGUUAGGAAGAAUUAUAAGGUUUGCUGGGCAGUUGGUGUACUGGAGAAGGUAGUACUAAGGUGGCGCAGGCGAGGAGUUGGUCUGCGUGGAUUUCGACAUGACUUGGAAUCUAUUGAUGAAAGCGAGGAUGAAGACAUCCUUAAGGUGUUCCGCAAGCAGAAAGUGGAUGCAGCUAUUGAUGAGUCUGUCUCCAGGGUGCUGUCUAUGGUUGAAUCUCCAAAGGCUCGUCAGCAAUACCGUCGCAUUCUUGAAAAAUAUCGUCAAGCUAAGGCUGAACUUGAAAAUUCGGAGUCUGAUAAAUCAUCUUCGUCUUACCUUGACAUUUCUCAAAUGGAAAAUGAUUACAAUUACUAGACAUAACUUUGUAUAUUAUAGUUUGAAUAAUACUAUUUGCAGUUGUUUACUACCUCAAUCGCUCUACGUGAUAUAUAUGUGGCAGUUGGUGAUUUGUUGCAUAAGAUAAUAAACAAACUAUCACAUUAAUAUAUUAAAUCACUAAUAGCCACAUGUAUGUCACGUAAGGCGACUAUGACGAUGAGCAGUCCAAAUAUCAUUACUCUUAUAGUCUACCCUUCGUUUACGUUGAUUGUAUUUUUUAUUUUUCAUAAUCAGGAUAUAUCUUUUGUAAAUGCUUGCAUAAAUAAUAAGAAAUAGAUGGGAGAAAACUAUGAAAAAAAUAUUUUUGUAACGA